AUGUUUUUCUACGCCCAACUCUUCGUGUCUAAUCGCGGGCCGUUAGCCAAGAUUUGGCUGGCGGCCCACUGGGAGAGGAAGCUCACCCGGAUCCAGGUGGUCGAAUGUGAUCUGGAGACCUCCGUCCAGGACAUCAUAUCCCCGACGAUUACGAUUGGCUUGCGGAUUUCUGGGCACCUCCUGCUGGGGGUGGUGCGGAUGUACUCCAGAAAGGCCAAGUACCUCCUUGCGGAUUGUGCUGAAGCUUCGGGUAAAAUCAAACUGGGUUUCAGGCCAGACCAAACUGAUAUGCCUGUUGAGGAGCUAGAAGCCCCUCACAAGGCUAUUACCUUUAAUGAGGAUUUCACCGACUUUGAAAACCAGCUACCAUGUCAAAAUGAAAUAGACAUUUCAAUGAACCAGAGCCGAACUGAGGAAAUCACUCUGAAGGAGGACUCCGGAAAUUGUUACCUCACCUUAAAAAAAGAGCCCCAAUACCACCAGAGUGGGCAGUUGGACAUGAACCUGCAGGGCUUGGAAUACCACAGAGACUCUUUCGGAGAUGAGAACACAGGAUAUGAUCUCCUUGACUUCAUAUCAAGCACCAGUGACAAUGCUAUGUCACUGCACUUUAACACAGAGGAGCUGCUAUCGGAAAAGCCAGGGAUGACCAAUGUGAAUGUUCACCAGAAUGAUCCCCCCAGUGUGGAUCCAAUGGGGGUAGAGCCCUCUACCUUGGACAAGACCACUCUGCUCACCAAUGCAGAGGAGUGUUUCACUCUUGACCCCGUGGCUGUCUCUCCUACCUUGGAGAAAAAGGGGAAGAGGAAAAGAGCACUGGUGGUGGACAAGAUGAAGGAGUUGACCAAUGAUGUUAUGAUAAAACAGCUUUCUGACACUUCAGACCUGGCUGGAUAUUUUGAGAUUGCCCCACCCACCCGCCAACUCAUGUACUGGCAGGAGAAUGGGACAGUAGACAUACUCUUUGCAAAGUCCACUUCCACAUUCAUUAAUCCACAGCUACAACAGCUCUUUAGCAAAAGCAUUUUUCGAGCUACAAGUUAUGGAGUGGCUGAGGACAUUGAGCCUGAACAAAUGCGGAAGGACAAACAAGAAGAUCAAAGGGACACGAUUAACCACACCACUGAGCAGCUGAGCAUCCUAGAAGAGGCUGAAGAUCCUCAAAAAAGGAGGAGCAAUGCCAAGAUGUCUUUUGACCCCAUGAUUGAUAGCCAACUGGAGAGCAUCACAGAGGCGGCUCAGUCAAUGCUGGGCAGCCAGGAGCGGGAGGAGCAGAGGCUAACCAGACAAGCACACAAGCUCCUAAAUGCUCUCAAGAGCAACAGCAGUGGCUCGUUCAGCCUGAAGGAGCUAUGUAAUAUCGGCUCUCGUUCACAGGCUGCAGCCACAUUCUCCAGUUUCCUGGUCCUGACGAAACAACAGGCCCUCGUCCUGCACCAGAGCAAACCUUACGAAGACAUUAGAGCCACACCAGGACCCAGGUUCCAUGAAUUGUCGAACUUAGAAAAUGAGUUUGGUGCCUAA